ACUCGGUUUUAAAUAUUAACGCGAAACUCACGUGAACGUUCGAAAUUAAAUACCCAUGCCAGCUCUGCUAGCUCUGAUGCCAGCUGAAGUUGUCGAGAGUCCAGUUUCCCUGAUAUUAGGACAACUGCCCCGAGCUGCCAUCACCAGCCGUGCCACUAUCAAACCCCAAGCUUCACUCUCCCUCGUCCUCGACGUCCAUAGCAUCGGGUCUCGCCUCCUGUCAUACCAUUUCCUCACCUGUGAUCGACUGCUGAACGCAAUAUCUGCCCCCCAUGGCGACUAAAGUACAGAAGAUUAUGGUUGCGCCGAUCAACCUCAUUUUCCGGUUAUUGCAACAGAAAUCACGGGUUCAAAUCUGGCUUUACGAACAAACGGAUAUCAGGAUCGAAGGGCAAAUCAUUGGAUUCGACGAGUUCAUGAGUUUGGUGCUUGACGACGCAGAGGAGGUGUCCACAAAGAAGAACACGCGGAAGCAGCUAGGGAGGAUACUGCUAAAAGGAGAUAACAUCACUUUGCUGUGCGCGUUGAAUCCGUAGGAUGGCGAGGGGCGGGACUUGGUCACGCGAUAGGCGUAAGUUCGAUGUACGUAGUG